AUGUGGGCCCCGGCCCUGGAGGUCUGGCCGGGAGGUGAAACCAUCCCUGCUGCUGUUGUGGUGCUCUGGGCCGCCGUUAUGGCCCUGGAAGGCCGCUGCUUGCGUCCCGCGUCGCCCGCUCCCGUCCUCCGUAGGGCUCGCCGGCGCCCCGUGAGGUCUGGAGGGGGAAGAACCUCCCAGGGGUUGUCCCAGCUCACGUUGGCCCUUUUGGCCCGAACUCGUCUCCACGGCCUGCGGCAGGUAUGCGGGCCCGGUGGUUCCCCUGGAAGGAGGGCCUUCUGGCUUCUGGCUUUGUGUACCUCUUUGGGUCUGCUACUCUCCUGGUCAUCCAAUCGUCUCCUUCACUGGCUCUCCUUUCCCACCCACACUCGGGUCCACACUGAGUGGGCCAAGGAAUUAGCUUUUCCUACCGUCACCAUCUGUAACAACAACCCCAUUCGUCUCUACAAACUCACCAAGAGCGACCUUUACUUCGCCGGUCAUUGGCUGGGCUUGCUCUUGGCUAAUCGCACGGCUCGGCCCUUGGUCCUGGACCUGCUCCAGGAGGACCGGAGGGCUUGGUUCCAGAAGCUAUCGGACUUUCGCCUCUUCCUGCCCCCGCGUCACUUCGAGGGCACGAACCUGGAGUUCAUGGACCGUCUUAGCCACCAGCUGGAUGACAUGCUGCUAAGCUGCAAGUAUCGCGGAGAGCCCUGCGGUGCCCACAACUUCUCCACCGUCUUCACGCGGUAUGGGAAGUGUUACAUGUUUAACGGGGUGGAGGAGGGGAAGACUCUGCGGACCACUAUGAAAGGCGGGACAGGAAACGGUCUGGAGAUCAUGCUGGACAUCCAGCAAGAUGAAUACCUGCCCGUGUGGGGAGAUACAGAGGAGACGGCGUUUGAGGCUGGGGUUCGAGUCCAGAUCCACAGUCAGGCUGAGCCGCCCUUUGUACAUGAGUUAGGCUUUGGGGUCGCACCAGGCUUCCAGACCUUCGUCGCUACGCAGGAGCAAAGGCUGACCUAUCUACCACCUCCGUGGGGAGAGUGUGUGUCGCAGGCUGUGGACUCCAGCUUCUUUCAGGUGUACAGCGUGACCGCCUGUCGAAUUGACUGCGAGACGCGUUACAUUGUGGAAAACUGCAACUGUAGAAUGGUCUACAUGCCCGGUGAUGCUCCAUUCUGCACACCUGAGCAGUAUAAAGACUGUGCUGAACCAGCUUUAGCGGCCCUGUCAGCGGUGGAGAGCAGCAGCUGCAUCUGCAGGACGGCGUGUAACAUGACACGCUACAACAAAGAGCUGUCUAUGGUGAAGAUCCCCAGUAAAACCUCUGCCCGCUACCUGGAAAAGAAGUUCAACAGAUCUGAGAAGUACAUCACGGACAACAUCCUGGUCCUGGAUGUGUUUUUUGAGGCCCUGAACUACGAGACAAUCGAGCAGAAGAAAGCCUAUGAGGUGGCCGGACUGUUGGGAGAUAUUGGUGGACAGAUGGGAUUAUUCAUUGGUGCCAGUAUUCUCACCAUCCUUGAGCUGUUUGACUACGUAUAUGAGGUGGUGAAAGAGAGACUGUUGGACCUUCUGAGCCAAGACAAAGAGGAAGAGAGUCAUGCAGAGGAUGUGAGUACCUGUGACCCUGUGGUGAACCACUCUGAGUCCAUCAGCCACACAGUCGCCGUUCCCCUGCAAACCACUCUAGGAACCCUGGAGGAAAUCGCCUGCUGA